GUCAUUACAUCCUGCGCGGUUUUGGUAAAAAUGGCGAUCUCUGCGCUCAUGCCUGUUGCCUCUCUACUGAACAUGGAAUACUAAUGACAGUUCUCAAGGUCGCGUAUGUCAGUUUCCUCUCCACUUAUUUCCACCUCAUUGCUAAAAGACCGAAAGCAGCUGAAGAGGGGUAUAUGUUGAAUUAAUCUAAAAAAAAUUGCCCGUGCUUCGAUGUAAUGAUUUUUACUGUAAAAUGUUAAAUCUGACAAAUUGGAUUCUUCGAGUAGUCGGAGUAUUCAGAAGGGAGCUCAGUGAGGAAACAGUUUAAAACUAGUAAUAAACUACAUCUAAUUUAUUGAUUCGUUACCCCACCCAUGUCAAGCCGCACUCGACGUUGGUUAGCCGACAGCUGAUUUAAAACUUAAACAUCAACUCAUAUGUAGAAAUGGAUAAAAAUUUCAAGGAAAAACUGAUAAAAAAUGUCAAGAAGGAAGUUAAGCAGAUAAUGGAAGAGGCGGUUACGAGAAAGUUUGUACACGAAGAAAGUAGCAGCAUAACAUCUUUAUGUGCUGCUGUGGAGGCAUGUUUGUCGCAAGGAGUCAGAAGACGAGCAUUGGGUUUAUUUAAAACUAAUUCGACUACUGCUCUUUUACAUAAGAUAGCUAAGUCUUGUCCAGCAGCUGAUAAGAUUUCAAGAAUGGUUUUAGAAAUGGAAAAUGCAGACACAUUAAAUAGAAAAUCUUCGAGCAGUGGAGAUAGCAUUAGCAAGCCAAUUCCUCCACCGUUAUUGAAAAAGAAUUCCAGCAGCAUUCUCUCCCAGACUCAUUACACUCCUCCAAAAUAUUUGUGGAUUCGACUUGCCCUUGUGGAAAAACAACUUGCUGAAAUCAUUAACUUUUUAGUAGAGAACAGCAGUAAAUAUUAUGAAAAAGAUUCAUUAGUUGCUGAUCCUGAUUAUGGAUCAAUUUUAAGUUCAUUAUUAGUGGGUCCUUGUGCUUUGGAUUAUUCGAAAACUAAAACGCAAGACCAUUAUUGGACGGAUCCACCAGCAAACGAAUUAGUUCAACGGCAUCGUAUAUCGUCGUGUACCACAAGUGGUCCACCAACUGCUCCGCUACAGUUUGGCAGAAGUUUACAUACAGGAGGAAGUGCAGAAGAUGGAUUUAGUCAAGUGCCACGAUCAGCUAAAGAUUAUGUAGAGUCUCUUCAUCAAAAUAGCAAAACCACUUUGCUAUAUGGAAAGAACAAUGUCACUGUACAUCCUCCUCAAUCAGACCCAAUGCCUGGUUAUCUCUCUUUACAUCAAAGCGCUCAAGGCCUAGUAAUAAAAUGGACCCCAAAUCAACUUAUGAAUGGUUUUGCUGAUAGUACAAUAAAUAGUGCAAAUGGUACAGGAAAUGAUGGAAAAGAAGAGUACACAGAUAAAUCUCAAUAUUGGCAGUACGCUCUAAAUUUGAGGGUAGAGGAUAUAAUAUAUGUUCAUUGUCAUCAACAAGGAGAUGGAGAAGGUGGUGGUACAGUAGUACUAGUUGGGCAAGAUGGCGUGCAAAGGCCUCCCAUACGAUUUCCUCCAGGUCAAGGACAUAUGCUUUCCUUCUUGUCUUGUUUGGAGACCGGACUUUUGCCACUGGGUCAAUUGGAUCCACCGUUGUGGUCACAGCGUGGAAAAGGAAAGGCAUUUCCCAGGGUCCGUAGAAGAUCCUCACCUUCCUCUGCUUUCAAUGAAGAAACAGUGGACUAUGUAUUUAGAAUCGUAAAUAAAGCCAGUCAAGAUGAUUUGCUAAUGAAUCAAGAAAUAAUGGAUCCAAGCUACAGGCGAGGUGAUGUACAAAUCUGGAGGGUUCUUUCAUCAUCUGCCUCUGGUUCCAAUGGGGAUUCUCCGCAUACCUCAGAUUCGACCAAUCCACCAGAUAGUCCCGCUUCAGUUAACUUGAAAGAACAAGGAAAUGGACAUCCAAUUCAUCUCCUGUGUCAAACAAUGAAAAGACAAAUUAUAUCUCGAGCAUUUUACGGCUGGCUUGCCUAUUGUCGUCACUUAUCUACAGUGCGAACACACUUGUCAGGAUUGGUCAAUUUAAAUAUAGUAGAAGGAAGCCCGGAAGAUGAGAAAGGCCUUACCAUUGAAGUGUGGCAAGAAUUGUCGAAGGACGGUUGUGUAGUUGACAAGGAGAAGGUCCUACGUCUAGUUUACUAUGGAGGUAUUGCACCAGAAUUGAGAGGGGAAGUUUGGCCGUAUUUAUUGGGUCACUACGAAUGGGGAUGUUCCUCCAAUGAAAAGCAGGAACUGGAUGAUCUGACAAGACAGAAUUACGAAGCCACUAUGUCCGAGUGGCUUGCUGCUGAAACCGUUACCACUCAACGUGAGAGAAACGGUAGCGAGUCAAGUGCCGGUUCUAAUGAUGGAGAUGAGGAUGAGAUUGUUGAGAGUGAUGUAGAAGACCCAUUGGAACCAGGAGAUGUGCCAACGUCUCCGGUUUCGUCACAAGGUGGAAUUUAUUCCAAAGAAUUACUAGACCUUUUUGCUCUUAAUCUACACAGAAUAGACAAAGAUGUGCAGCGUUGUGAUCGGAAUUAUUGGUAUUUCGCAUCGUCAGAAAAUCUUGAAAAAUUGCGUAACGUCAUGUGCACAUAUGUCUGGGAAAGGCUCGAGGCUGGUUAUAUGCAGGGAAUGUGUGAUCUUGUUGCUCCUCUGUUAGUAAUAUUUGAUGAUGAAGCUAAAACAUACGCGUGUUUUUGUCGUUUGAUGGAACGAAUGACGGCCAAUUUUCCACAUGGUGGAGCCAUGGACAUUCAUUUUGCAAACUUACGCAGUCUCAUACAAAUCUUAGAUGCUGAACUUUAUGAACUAAUGCAUCACCAUGGCGACUAUACCCACUUUUACUUUUGUUAUCGAUGGUUUUUGUUGGAUUUUAAACGAGAACUGAUGUAUGAAGAUGUAUUUAUGGUUUGGGAAGUAAUUUGGGCAGCAAGGCACAUUGCUUCAAAUCAUUUCGUUCUCUUUUUGGCCCUCGCUCUCGUACAAACUUAUCGAGAUAUUAUUCUAUCAAAUGCAAUGGAUUUUACGGAUAUUAUCAAAUUUUUUAAUGAAAUGGCAGAGAGACACAAUGCACGUGCUGUAUUGGGCCUGAGUCGCAAAUUAGUUCUUCAAUUGCAGACUAUUAUCGAAAACAAAUGAGACAAAUGGUCUUUACACAAGAAUCGGAUGAAGACAUUAGUUCAGGCGUAUCAACUUCUCCUCAAUUCUGAUUUUAACAUUAUCAAUGCCACAGAAACCUCCAUAAAGGAAAUGAAAACAGCAGCAGCUGUUUAUCCAUUAUCUGAGAACGAAGUGGAAAAGAAAAUGGUACGAAAUACUGCAUAGAAUCAGGUAUGCUACUAUAAAGAAAUGAUGUGGAAUUAUAUGGGAAGGUGAAUCUUAAUUUUACGUCGAUUCCAAGCAUAACUUGGAACGUAUAAUAUACCUCAGAAAAUCAUUUUACAUUUCUAAAUAACAACCAAAGAUUGCAAUGAAAUCGCAACCAAAGAUUGGUUGGCUAUGUUAUGGACUCAUUAAGUCUUUCCUAAUGCUUGUUUACCAAAGAAAUUCACCUAGAAUAUAAUGUAUCCCGGUAAUCAUUUACUGGUACAUCAUUUAAAUUUACAAUUUGAUCUAGUCAGCCAUAUAUAGUUGAAGCCCUUAUAAUUAGAAUCCUGGAUGAUUCUAUAUUUUCUCAAAUGGGCCGUAUUUAAAAGGUAAAUCUAUGUUGUAAACGUAACCGGACUGGCUCCGCGAUUAUUCCUCAGAGUAAUUAUUAAGUGAACGAGAAAGACAAACAAAUUUUAUUGAAAUUCUUUCGUUUCUUGCUACACGUAUAAUCUUACGUUUCCAUUAGUAAGUUGUCAGUAGAAACAAUCUUACCUCAUGUGUCGUAUGGAUGGAUGUAUCAGAAAUUCGCUAAGAACACAACAAACGUGUGAUUAAAAAUUUAUUUACACUUUCAUUUGUUAGACAGAGGUGAUGAAUCUAUUGUUGCUUUAUGAUUUCUUGUAACGUGAAUGUUUGUAAUAUGAUAUAUACAGUUUAACCGUCGAGGAGUUCGGUUAAUGUGACAUGCUAAACUUUCAAGAUUUGUAACAAAAAUGAAGUGCUAAAUCACAGACACUCAACGGUUGAAUUGCUUUGUUACAUAUAAUGUGUAUCGUCGUAUUCAGACAUGGUUUACUAAGAUGUUUGUUCCGUUGUAACGUGUACACGAGAUUUAAGAUCAAACAACGAUAGAUCUAUAUCGACAAAUACGUAACUACAGGCGCUAAUUGAAUGUAACUUUUUGGCAAAACAACAGUUGUAGAGUGGUUAGCUUUUUUGUAUAAUUCACAGGUCAAAUUCUAAAACCCUCCUUAUUCUUCUUUGUGUCAUUUUUAGAAGUACUUAAUUGUUGCAUCGCGACUUAGAAGUCUUAUUAGGAUAUAUGUCGCAUAAACUACUCGCGUAGGUAUACGUAUGAUUUUUAUAAGUAAUUUGCGCCAAAGGUCGAUGUCUAUACAAUUUUAUUUUGAAAACUUAUAUCUUUGUCAAGUGUUUACUAUGGCUGGAUAAUUUAAUCAUUUUCCAGCAGAAUAUAUUUAUUCAUUUUCUCUUAA